AUGGUCUCUUUCGGGACUGAAGAACCUUUUGUGGGUCUUGCUUUGCAGCCAUCAACACAGCAGAAGUUUGGCUCUCUUGGUAGAUACAAGUCCUUUGCCAACCUGGUCUGCGCCGCUACUGCACAGUACCAUCAUCUUCUGAUGAUCAUGUGGAUCAAAGAGAAGAUACUGAUUAUGGAUCGCAUCAAACAGUUGUUUGAGCUACGAGAUCAUUGGCAACAACCACAUGUUACAGCAGUGCAAGCAUUCAUCAUCAACGGCCAUGAUGGAAACCACCACAGGUGCAAGAUUGAGUGGUCGUUUGUCUCUGAUCCGGUUGAGGGCUGGAGACUUGAAGAUUUCAUAUCUUAUCUUCACUCGUCUCCAACUCAUAGCAAACAAAGAUGGAGCAUGCUUUUCUAUUAUUUUCAUUAUUUGGGUUUCAUUUGA